GGUCGCGGGCGCUGCCGCCAUGGCGACCUCCUCCGGCAACUUAAACGCCGUGAGGGAAACGAUGGACGUGCUGAUGGAGAUCUCUCGGCUGCUCAACACCGGCCUGGACGCCGAGACGCUCUCCAUCUGCGUGCGGCUGUGCGAGCAGGGCAUCAACCCGGAGGCCUUGUCCGCUGUCAUCCGGGAGCUGCGCAAGGCCUCCGAGGCCCUGAAGGCUGCUGACAAUAUGACAAGUUAAAUCAGGAGAAGAUUUUUUUUUUUUCACUGACAUGAAGCUCCUGAGAAUUAGAAGAUUUUGCCUUUUAUUCCUAGAAGAUUUUUGUUGAAGAUGUUGUGUAAGUUUCUCACAGAUGUAGAAAAUAUAGUGCUUUUUAAAUACUUAAUAACCAACUAUUUUUCAAAAUGCAUUUUGUAUCCUUGCAUAUGUUUUAAAAAUCUUAUGUAUUAACAGACAUUUCUUUUAUUGACCCAGUUGAACCAUGUGCCUCAUAUUUGAUAAAAUGCUGACUAUCGUUCAGAUGUAGCCAAUGGACUUAACAUUAGAAGAUGGACAUCUUCAUGAAGGAGUUCACUACGGUGGAUUAAUUUUUAAAGGUUUAUUUCCUGUAUAUUUCCAAUUUGCUGGCUGUUUUGUAGUUAAAACAAUUGCU